AUGUCUGCUGCAGCACGACCACCACGCAAACGCGCAGCUACCUCCAGUGACGACGUUCCAGGGCCAUCCAAAGGCCCUCAGAAGAAGACCAGAUUCGUCGAGCCGAAAGACGAUCCGGUCAACUUUGCGGAGGAGGUCGACGCCAGCCUUGAGACGCGUCAACGGAGGGGGCGUGUCAAGACCGAGGGCUACGAGUCUGACUCCAGUGAUGAUGGAGAGGGUGUGGUACCCAGCAGACGCCCUGGUGCCGACAAGGCGGAUGAGGACGAAGACAUGUUUGCGAUGGGCGAGAAGGAGGAGAAGGCGGAGGAGAGUGGGAAGAAAGAGACGAAGUUCUUGCGGCUGGGUGAUAUCGAAGGGCAGGAAUUCAACGAGCAGAACUCCGAUCAGUCGGAGAGCGAGGAGCCGGAUGACCAGGACGCUGCAGAGCGGAACAAGGCAGGCAUGGGGUACGAACUUUCGUCCUUCAACAUGCGGGAGGAGAUGGAGGAGGGCAAGUUUGCGGAGGACGGGACCUACGUCCGCACGUUUGACCCACAUGCGGCACACGAUCGCUGGAUGGAAGGACUGGACGAGGAAGAGAUCAAGAAGACGCGACGGAACCAUAGGCUCAGGGAGAAGGAGCAGAAAGAGAAGCAGAAAGCUGAGGAGGAAGAGAUGCGGCAACUGGGAGGCAGGCCGCAGAUCGAGAAGGAGCUGGUCGGGAUGCUGAAGAAGGGCGAGACUGUGUUGGAGGCACUACAACGGUUGGGUGCGCAAGCAAAGAAGAGUGGCGCAAGUAAACGAAAUGGAAAGCCCAACAACAAACGCAAAGGUGACCUUGCAGAGGACCCGAUGCAGGUCGACAAGGCACCUAAAGCGCCGUCCGAGAUUGACCACAUCACCCAUCUCGCCUCUACCCUCAUGGGGUUCGGCGACACCGACGUAUACUCGAAGACCUACGAGGAGCUCGUACGCUCUGUACGUUCUUCCGGCAUCGUGGACUCGUCGUGGAUGCCACCUUCCGCCGACGUCAGGUACGAAUACAGGUGGGCUGUCCCUGACAGCUCCGGACAGGAUGGACAAGUAUUCGGUCCAUUUGGGGAGGAAGAGAUCAAGGCCUGGUAUAAGGCGGGUUAUUUCGGCGCAGCGGGGGAGAAGGUGCAAGUCAGGCGGGUGGCAGGCGAGUGGGGGACCUGGGACGCGGUUGUGACAUAG